AUGAUGCACCUGAAGGGCGCGGCCAGGGGUCUGACUGUACGCGGAAACGCCGCGAUGCGCAGCGUCGCCCGGACAACGCUAGUGCGGGCCUCUCCUCAGCCCAGCGGCGCCGCACCGCUCCCCCCCGCGAGCCACGUCAAAGGCGUCCUCUUCGACAUCGACGGAACGCUCUGCGACUCCGAUCCGCUCCACUUCAGGGCGUUCAAGGAGUACCUGGUGGAGGUGGGGUACAACAAGGGCGAGCCCAUCACGCGGGAGUUCUUUUUCAAGAACAUCUCCGGGCGGCACAACCCCGACAUUGCCCGCGACCUGUUCCCGGCCUGGUCCGAGGAGCAGCAGCGCGAGUUCUACCUCGAGAAGGAGGCGCGGUACCGCGCCAUGGCCGAGCACGACCUGGACCCGGUCCCGGGCCUGUUCGACUUCCUCGCCUGGCUGCGCAUGCGGAGCGUCCGCACCGCCGCCGUCACCAACGCCCCGCGCGCCAACGCCGAGGUCAUGCUGCGCGGCGUGGGCCUCCUGGACUACUUCGACACCCUGGUCAUCGGCGAAGAGUGCGACAACCCGAAGCCGCACCCGGAGCCGUACCAGCGGGCGAUGCGGACCCUCGGGCUGAAGCCGUCCGAGUGCAUCGCGUUCGAGGACUCCCCCAGCGGCAUGACGGCGGCGGUGACCGCGGGCGUGCCGACCAUCGGCAUCCUCACGGGGCAGACCGCGGAGACGCUCGCGGGCGUCGGGGCGAGCGCGUGCGUGAACGACUACCACACCGUCAUCCGGUUACUCGAGCAGGUCGAGCACGUGGCGGCGUGA